AUGUCUGAACAGAUAAUACAAGCGAUAAAGUUUAGAUUGGCCUCAAAACCAGAGGAGAUUGAACCACGUGUCAAUGCUUUGAUCAAGUCACACGACGAAGCUCUAAAGGCAAUCAUCGAUAUUCCAGUCGACAAGAAGACCUUUGAGAACACCUACGUCGAGUUGGAUCGCAUCGAUAACAUUUUCACACUAGAGGAGCACUCUUUGACAUUCCCUGCCAACGUCGCCGUGUCCAAGGAGCUGCGUGACGCAUCCAACGAUGCACAAUCCACGCUGUCAAAGUACCAGAUCAACACGUUCUCGCGUGUCGACCUCUACCGCGCCUUUGCCGACUUUGUCGAGGCCAACCCCAACUACAAGGACGCGCUUGACGCCGAACAGCAGCGUCUGGUCACCAAGACAUUGGAGGCCUUUGAGAAGAAUGGUCUGCAAUUGCCAGCCGAGAAGAGAGAGAAGCUAAAGGAGAUCAAGUCCGCCAUCAGUGACCUGUCCAUUGCGUUUGGCAAGAACGUUGCCGAGGACAAGUCCAGAAAUGAGUUCACCAGGGAGCAGCUCAAGGGCAUCCCCGACGACAUCAUCGACUCACUGGAGCGCACUACCGACGGCAAGUUCAUUGUCACUUGCAAGGCGCCAGAGUACAUGCCCGCGAUGAAGUACUGCGAGGUGACUGAGACUCGUAAGAAGAUCGAGUAUACCUAUGGCAGCAGAUGUCUCGACACCAACGUGGACAUCUUGAGCAAGACACUCAAGCUGCGCAGGGAGGCAGCCGCACUCCAAGGCAAGGAGGAGUGGAGCGCCGUCGUCACCCAAUACAACAUGGCCAAGUCUCCAGCCAACGUCCGUGCAUUCCAAAAGAGAAUGAUCGAGCUCCUCAAGCCAUACGCCAUCAUUGAGUUGGAGAAGUUGAGUCAACUGAAGGCACAGGAUUAUAAGGAGAGAGGCUUGCCAUUGCCCGAGCCAGAGAUCAAGUCGUACGAGUAUGGAUAUUACAACAAUAUGAUGUUGGUCAAGGAUUACAGUGUGGACAACAAUCUCGUCAAGGCUUACUUCCCAUUCGAGUUGGUGUGUCAGGGAAUCUUUGAUGUCUAUCAAGACCUGCUUGGCGUCAAGUUCCAGGAGGUAGCGGCACCAUUCGAGUUGUGGCAUCCAGAGGUCAAACUCUACUCAGUUACCGACAGCACUGCCAACGGAGAGCUCAUGGGCUACUUCUUCCUGGACCUCUAUCCACGCGAUGGAAAGUAUACUCACUUUGCCGUCUGGCCCUCGCAGCCCGGCUUCAACCGUCCCGGUGCACGUCAGCUACCCGUGCCCAUCAUGGUGUGCAACUUCACAAAGUCCACCGAGACAGCGCCCUCGUUGCUGACGCACGACGAGGUCGUCACCUUCUUCCACGAGUUUGGACACGUGAUGCACAACAUCAACACGACCGUCAAGUACUCCAACUUCUCGGGUACAAGCGUGGAGCGCGACUUUGUCGAGUGUCCCUCGCAACUCUUUGAGAACUGGUGUUGGGAUGCUGCCGUCCUCGACAGACUGUCUGGCCACUACAAGGAUCACUCCAAGAAGUUGCCAGCCGACCUCAUCAAGAAGAUGCUGGAUUCCAAGAACCUGAACAUCUCACUCUUCUACCUCCGUCAGUUGCUCUUCAGUAGUUUCGAUCAGAGAAUUCACUCCAAUGAUGUUGAUAGCUUUGAAAAGACAGAGGCCAUAUGGGCAGAGAUGGCAAGGGAUAUUGCUAUGAUCCAGAACCAACCUGGCACCAAUCCAAGUGCUACCUUUGGUCAUUUGUUUGGAUACGAUGCAGCCUACUACUCGUACAUGUGGAGCGAGGUGUUCUCGUUUGAUAUCUUCUCCAAGUUCGAGGAGCAGGGUGUCAUGAACAAGGAGCUGGGCAAGAAACUCAGAGAUCAAGUGUUGGCUGUCGGUGGAUCACAGGACAGCAAUGUCACACUCAAGAACUUCCUUGGUCGCACACCAGAUGAGAAGCCAUUCUUAAAGUCAAUUGGACUUGGAUCGUCCUAA